UCCCCGGCUCCUAUACCUGAUCCCUUGUAGAGCUUCACAAACCGGGACCGGCCGUCUCCUGCACGCAUCCCGUGUUGUCAACGGCUCGUUACCACUUUCUAGUCGUUUGUUCUUCUGCUGCAUAAACAGGACUACAUCUCCCAGUAUUCCCUGCUGUUCGCUGGUAAUAGCGGGCAUGCUGGGACUUGUAGUUCUGCUUAGCGACUGGGUGAAAACCUCUCAAUCAUGACUGACAUGGCUGACAACCACAAGGAGGCCUGGGAGGCCCUCAUCAAUGCUGCAGAGAAAUAUCGCAGACAGACUGGAAAUGACAUUGUGCUAAUCACUGCGUACAAGUCGAAGAUGUUGACCAACUACGCGUACACCGUUCAUGGCAGCGGCGUGCUCCUGGAGGCCACCCAGAGAUACCUCGAUGACAUUGCUGUAGUGCACAAAACCACUGCUUACACCAGCCCCAUGCCCAUCAACAAGGCCACCAAAGAGACUGCUGGGGGCAGACAGGACUCUUACUCCAAGAGCUACCCUUCUAUAUACGGCAAAGAAGGCUUUUCUGUGCUUGAGGACAAUGAAAGGGCCAAGCUGGGGUCUCAGAGCCAGAUGCCUGACCAGCUUCCACAUCUCGAUGCCCCUGAUGAAGACGACUAUGACUACAAGGAUAGCCAACUGCUUAAGGCUGACAAUGUUCCUAGCGAUGCAACAGGACUGUUUGUGAUGGAUGAAGACUCGAAUAGCCAAGACUGUGAACCUUUCUUUGAAUCUGAUCCAGAAGAGAGUACAGAUGAUGGCAGCCUCACUGAAGAAGCUCCAGGGCAUCCUGCUUCCCAGCGCAACCUCCAGCAGUACGCCAAAUCUCUCCCAGUCACUGUGCCCGUGUGGGGCUUCAAGGAAAAGAGACAGACCAACAAAUCGUCGGAUGAUGAAGGUGGCAAGUUUCCUUCACCAGACCUGGACAGAAUUGCUGCUAGCAUGAGAGCCUUGGCUCAUGACACCACACAACCGUUUGGUGACCUUCCUCGUCCUCGACUGAACACCGGCGACUUCCAGGCAAAGUACAGAAAGUAUUAACAAGUGGUUCAUCUGACCACUGGUCUGAACACUAAGGACUCUUCCUUCAGAAUACCAGCCAGCAGGUGGAGCUCCAUACGUUGCAACUGCCCACCCAUUAGGAGGCCGAAUCCAUCCCUACCUAAUGUGGGAAACUGAGUUUUAAAAUGUCCUUUUAAAUUUUUUUUUUCUGUGCCCAGAGUGGUCAGAUUUCUUUUCGUUAUUUGCAAAAAAAAAUUUUACCCCCACUUUUUUUAUACCUCAAUAAAAAAGAGGAAACCAGUGA